CCUCAGCAGGAAGUGAGCAGAGUCCAGACAAACUAAACUAUCAAAACAAACUGACAGCUCCGCGUCCAUCAUCUCUGCUGAAAACCGGGUCCCAGCAUCACCACCAUGGACGGUGUGCCGACGCCUCUGCGGUGCUUCAGUGAGCGCCAUUCCGCAGAGAUGUUCGUGGAUGACGCCGUGGAGACGGUGACUUCGGUGGAGCAGAAAAAAGUGGAACGCAGCAUUGAAGAAGUCAUCACUGUUUACAAGCAAAUACACAGCUUACCACAGCCGACGUUGUUGCGGGAACAACACUACCAAUAUCUCAAGAAGGGCUUACGUCACUUAUCAGAUGCCUAUGAGUGUCUGGAUGCUAGCAGACCGUGGCUUUGCUUCUGGAUUCUUCACAGUCUGGAGUUACUAGAGGAGCCCAUUCCUGCUGCUGUCGCCUCUGAUGUGUGUCAGUUUCUGGCUCGUUGUCAGAGCCCAACAGGCGGUUUCGCCGGGGGACCAGCACAACAUGCCCACCUCGCUCCUACCUAUGCUGCUGUCAACGCCCUCUGUAUCAUCGGCACAGAAGAGGCCUAUAAUAUUAUAGACAGGGAGAAGCUGUUAGAUUUCCUAAUGUCAGUGAAACAGCCAGAUGGCUCGUUUGUGAUGCACGUCGGAGGGGAGGUGGAUGUCAGGAGUGCGUACUGUGCAGCCUCUGUAGCGUCGCUCACAAACAUCAUCACACCUAAACUGUUUGAGAACACGACCAACUGGAUCCUCAGCUGUCAGAACUGGGAGGGCGGUCUGAGCGGAGUGCCGGGUUUGGAGGCUCACGGUGGCUACACUUUCUGUGGCACGGCCGCACUCGUCAUCCUGGGCAAAGAACAUAUGCUGGACCUCAAAGCGUUGCUGCGGUGGGUGGUCAGCAGACAGAUGCGAUUCGAGGGAGGCUUCCAGGGCCGCUGUAAUAAACUGGUGGACGGCUGCUACUCUUUCUGGCAGGCAGGACUUCUGCCUCUACUCCACAGAGCCUUAUUCAAAGAAGGAGAGUCGGAGCUGAGUCGGCAGCGGUGGAUGUUCGAGCAGCAGGCCUUGCAGGAGUACAUCCUCCUGUGCUGUCAGAACCCAACAGGGGGCCUUUUGGAUAAGCCUGGCAAAUCCAGAGAUUUUUACCACACGUGUUACUGCCUGAGCGGACUCUCCAUAGCGCAGCACUUUGGAAACAUGGACCUUCAUCAUGAGAUGAUCCUCGGCAGGGAGGAGAACAGAUUGGCUCCAACUCAUCCAGUUUACAACAUUUGUCCAGAGAAAGUGGCUCAGGCCCUGCAGCACUUUCUCCGCCUGCCCGUCCCGGACGACAACAGACAGCCAGGAGCCUCUGCUGACGACAGACUGUCGGACCCCGCCACUACCUCUGGUCCAGAGGACCAUCAGUCCUAGUUAGUCAUCAGUGGAGACGUCACUGUGUGUGAACCAGCCGCCUCCGGGGAACGGGCUCAAACCAGCGAACAGCAGUCAGCAGUCUGAUGUAGUCGAGCCCUAAAAUAACGGUCAGAGGGUCGGCCGUUGGUAGAAAUGAAGGCUGGAGUUUAGGAGGAGUUUGCCUGAAUAAAGGUCAACAGUUGUGUGCGGGCAGCUUAGCAUUCAGCUGAUUUUUUUGUUUGCAAUGCCUAAUGUUUUGAUUCUCUGAAAUAAAAGGGAAAGUUGGUAA